AUGAUUAUAUUCGUAUGGAUGAGCAGUUUAAUAUGGACGAGUCCGAUCGUUGUCUUUUCAAAACUAAAAUCAAUCAAAAUGGGGAGGCAUAAAUGUCGGGAAGAAUGGCCGAGUACGACGAGCGAAAGAGCUUUUAACCUUUUUAUUGAUGCAAUACUUUUGUUAAUCCCAUUGGUCAUCAUGAUUUUGGCUUAUUCUCUUAUUGUACAUAAAUUAUUCAAAGGUUUAAAAAAGGAAAUAAAAAAUUGCACGGAUAUGAAAAAAGGUGAAAAUAAGGAUUUGUCGACAAACAAAGGACAAAAAAAAAAAUUAAAAUUUUGGUUGAAAAAUAAAAAGAAAAAAUAUGGAGAAACGAAUAAAAAUGUUCAUUAUCGAUCGAAUCGAAUAUCGAAAAAAGCAGAAGACAAAUUUAUUAACGAUCGAGGAGGAGGAUGUGGAGGUGGAGGAAAUAAUAAAAAACCUGGAAAAAAAUUUCAAUUCGGUAAAAAUGAGGUGUUAAUAUCAAAGGAGGAAAAAAAGGAUUUGAUACCUUCACCGAUACCUGUCGUCAUCAACGAUACAGUUAAAAUAUACAAUGGAGAACGUUCAGAAGAAGGUGAAGAAGAUGAUGUUAAAGAAAAUGAUCACAACGAAAAACGUUAUUUUUUUAACCGUCACGCAAUUAGAUCAAAUUAUAUGGAUAAAAGUAUCGAAGCUAAAAGAAAGGUCAUACGUAUGCUAUUCGUAAUAGUCACCGAAUUUUUCGUUUGUUGGGCUCCCCUACACGUGUUAAACACGUGGUAUUUAUUUUAUCCCGAUGCCAUAUAUAAAUACGUAGGUUCGACAGGUAUUAGUCUGGUACAACUUUUAGCAUACAUAUCAUCCUGUUGCAAUCCAAUAACGUAUUGUUUCAUGAAUAAAAAAUUUAGACAAGCUUUCAUAAGCGUUUUUAACAGAUUAUGCUUUUUAAGAGGGAGGGGAAACAAAAGAAAAAACAAAUCAAAUGUUUUAGAAUUGAUGGAUGAUGGUAUUAUUAAAAUGGGAAAUUCGAUGGGUUAUAAAAGCGGAAUUAUUAAUAUUGAAAAUCGUACGGGUAAUUAUUAA